AUUAUCAAUUUGCCGUCUGUCAAGUCAGAGUAAAUGUAUUCUUUCUAUUAUUUUUUUAUAUAGCUUGACCUUAGCAAAAUCAUGUUCUGUGUGUAUGGUAUGAGAUAAAUUAUAGUUGUAAUACUUACAUUUAAGAUAUUACUUUUAUCCGCAUUUUAUAUAAAUAGUUAUAAGUUUUUAGACUUUUGCUAAGAUGAAAGUAGUAGCAUUAGUUAGUGGUGGCAAGGACAGCACAUUCAAUAUGAUGCAGUGCAUCGCUGCCGGCCACCAAAUAGUUGCCUUAGCUAACUUGGUACCUCAUAGUAAAACCGAGAUCGAUAGUUAUAUGUAUCAAUCUGUAGGUCAUGAAGCUAUUGAUCUAAUUGCAACUGCCAUGGAUCUACCUCUGUAUAAAAGAGAUACCAUGGGUAUUUCAAAUGAACGUGGAAAAACUUACGAACCGUCGGAAAAUGAUGAGGUUGAGGAUUUGUAUUUGCUACUUGAAGAAGUCAAAAAGCAUGUUAAUAUCGAAGCUGUGUCUGUCGGUGCCAUUUUAUCUGAUUACCAAAGAAUUAGAGUGGAAAAUGUGUGUAUGAGACUUGGUCUGCUACCAUUGGCCUAUUUGUGGCAGAGAAACCAACAAGAGUUGCUCGACGAAAUGAUUAAAUGCGAAGUAGAUGCUAUAAUUAUAAAAGUUGCAACAUUAGGAUUAGAAACCAAACACUUGGGUAGAUCUCUCAGCUUACUACAGCCCCACCUCUUAGCCAUGCACGAAAAAUACGGGUUAAACGUGUGUGGUGAAGGGGGAGAAUACGAAACUUUGACUGUGGAUUGUCCCUUGUUUAAAAGUAGAAUAGUGAUUGAGGAAUCGGAUAUUGUGAUUCAUUCUAACGACCCCAUAGCGCCUGUAGGUUAUCUAGUAUUUAAGAAAAUGUCACUUGAGCUGAAACUACCUGCUUUAGACCUUCAAAGUCGCUUAGAAGGUUUGCCUUUAAAAGACAGCGAUGGAUAUGUGACCGAUCAAGAAGAAGAAGAAUUUAAACCUAUCGAUAAUGACGCGGAGGACGAAACGGUCCUAAAUUCUGGCUCCACCGAGUGCAGCAGUUACUCCUCCGAGGAAUUUCUACAAGAAGUGUCUUCCGUCUACAACAGAGAGGGAUGGUUGUUGAUAGGCGGCGUCCAAGGAACUUCGAGUAAUGCGUUCGAAGCCAUGGCGGAGGCGAUGAGUAUCUUAAAGUCUGAACUGUUGAAGCAUGACCAUACAAUAAGGGACGUAUGUUCUGUUACUAUGUACAUCGGAGAUAUGUCGGAGUAUGCAGCACUGAACAAAUUGUAUGUGGAUACAUUCACCUUUACAAAUCCACCAAGCAGAGCCUGUGUCCAAGUUCCCUUUAACGAGAACAAUCCCGUGCGAUUAGAAGCGAUAUCUUGGAAGGCGCCUAUUAAAAGUAUUGGAGAUUCAAAAGUUGAAAGGCAAACUAUGCAUGUCCAGAGCAGGUCUCAUUGGGCUCCAGCAAACAUCGGACCAUACAGUCAAAGUGUGCGGGUGAAGAACUUCGUUCAUUUAGCUGGACAGAUCGGAUUAGUACCAGGUAGCUUGGAGAUGAUAAAAGGUGGUAUAAAAGCUGAAUGUCGGUUGGUUUUAAGACAUUUGAAAAGACUGUUGAUGGCUGUGGACCCUAAAUUUAGUUUAAGGAAUGUAGUGCAGGGUAUAUGUUAUUUGACGGAUGCGUCGUAUGUUGGACCAGCUAGAAAAUUAUGGGAAGAGAGUACUAAUAACGCUAUAGUUGACUACGUUGUUGUAACCGGUUUACCGAGGAAUGCAGCUGUAGAAUGGCACGUGUGGGCACACAAAUAUAACAACAACUUCGAUUAUGAGGAGAGGGGCAAAUGUGUAGACAAUUUUUCAAUAUCCAUAUACAGACGUUGGAAUUACGAAAACGACUUAUCUACUAUCCUAUGCCGAAUAAGCCACCAGGAAGAUGAAGCCACCUUAGAACUUCCGAUAUUCACUGAAGCCAUCGAGUAUACUCUCCAGAAGCUCCAACAAGGAUUCGACGGUCAAAACUCUGUCAUAAGCUUAAAGAUUUUUUACUCUGUAACGAAGAACGUAGAUCCUAAUUUUAUCCUACAAUAUUUUGACAAUUUUACAAAAGACGUAAGUUUAAGCUAUACACUCGUACCUGUCGUAUCUCUUAAAAGCAAACAAACAUUUUUGUCAAUUUGCGGUAUAAGGAUGCAGUAAGAAUCUUGAUAGUAGUCAACAAAAAUUAAACAUGUCAUCAGUUGUAAGACGUAGAACAAAAAUUAAGACCCAACAAACGGCAAGUAAUAGUGAUGUAACGAAUAUUCGUAUUCGCAUUCGCGAAUAUUCGCAUAUUUUUGCAUAUUCGCAUUCGCGAAAUUUAUGUGAAUAUUAAUAUAUUUAAAAAAUUAAAAAAAAAAUAAAACGGGAUAAUACCUGAAGGUUGAAUCCAAAAGGAUUAUGUUCAUAACGUUUUCGGACUUAUCAGUCCAUCAUCAGUGAACCUAAAACUAAGUAAUUUCACUUAAUAAAAUUGAAAAGGGUGAAAUUUUGAAUGUUAAAAAUUGAAAAGUGUGGUUAAGAUUACUUACUCUCUGACCUUGCUAAAUAGCCACAAUGCCAAACACUGGUUAAGAUGUAUGUUCUAACUACAUAGUGAAAUUUGUAAAAUAAUUUGGCCUAAAUUGGAUGCCAACGGAUUACUACCAGCAACAUGAUGCUCUACUGCAUUGAAUUAAGAGAUUUUUGAAGUUAUACUUCUUUAGGGCGAUUGAGAGUAAAAUUUCAUAAUUCUGCGCGCAUGCGCACACAGACAGUAUGGUAUAAACGUUAUACGGGAUCUGAUUAGGUGUUAAAAUCAUCUGUCAAUAAUUGUUCAAUAUGGAGAUUUUGGAUAAACAAAUUAAUGUUGUGUAUAUUAGUUUUUAUUGUUAUGAUGGCAGAGAAAAAUGCAAGUUUAUAAUAUUGUAGUGACUUUUUAAAUAGUUUUUAAAAGCGACAGGUACGUAAUAAUUGUAAAUGUUUCAGUAUCCUAAUAAAAAAUUUCAUAGGUAGGACCUACCUAUUUGGAAAUUUUAAAAAGAACCUACUAAAAUAGUAUGUAAUGCUUUGAUUUACAUAAUUUGAUUACCAUCAAAAUUUCUAUCAAUAUUCACCUAAUAUAUCGUUUUCUUACUCUAUGUUUUGUUGUAUUCUAAUAUUUCUUUCAAUUCUAAAUAAUUUCAAUUCAAAAUCAAAAUAAUUUGGUUAAAUUCAGAACCGUCAAAAGUUUAAUCCGUUUAGUUAGUUGAUCUUCGCACAUGAUGACACAUGGUCUCCGUGGGUAAAAGUUUAAGGUGAAUGAAUUUCAAUACUAACUGCGCUGAUAAGCGGGUUCGAACCCCAAUGGAAACUUUUAUUUAUUUAUAUUUAUUUAUAUUUUUAUUUAUUUUUUUUAUACAUUUUAUGAUUGUAAGUUUACUAUAUAAUUUUUUUUCAGAAAAUACGUAUUUAGUUAAAAAAUUUUCCUACAUUGUUCAGAAAUCAUUUGUGGCAUUUUUUGAUGUGUUUGUUUGUGUGUGUUUUAUUCUUUUAUUAUUUUAAUUUUUGGCACUGUUUUAAUAAACAUUUUUGAGAAGUAGUAAGUAUGAAAAUUAGUUUAUUAUUUAAAUAAAAUAUAAAUAAACUGUUUAAAGUAUAUUAAUUUCGUUGAAAUCAUAUAAUAGAAGUAUAACUUCUUACAUGCGUACAAAGUACACACACAUUAUUUUUUUUAUGUGAUAGGUCUACAUUGAACUACGUUUAGUCUUUCAAUGAUUUAGAAGGAAGUAGAAAUACUUCAAAUGUCAGUGACAUUGACAUCCAGGAAAGGGCAAUUUUUAAUGUAUUAAUUUUAAUGUAUUCGCGGUGUGCAAGUACUUGGAAGGGAAACGAGAAACGACCGUGCGCGAGUCGCGGAGAAAUAUUGCAACUAUCUUAAAUAAUUCAUAUUGUCAAUUGAAAUUGUCAAAUUGACGUAUAUUUCAUACCUUCUGUCAUUGAAGCAGAAAAAUUAUAUAUUGCUUCACAAUAUUGAUAUGAUAUGCAAUUAUUAUAUAAAGGUAAAUUUAAUUAAUUGUAUUUUGCUUGCAGUACUGUAUUUUAAUACCUAAUUUUAUUUACUACAUACAAUUUUUUACGUUUGCAUAACAUAACCUGCAUCUUAUUUUUUCUUCUUAUUAUUUUUUUGGACUAUGCCCUUGACAAUUAUCCAGCAACCAGGACUAAUAUAAUUGGCCAAUAUAAUUAAAAGUGCGAAUAAAAGUACAGAGCGUCGAAAUAGAGGUCGCUUUGCCGAACUUGCACGGUCCCAAUUGGGUUAAUACAUUAAAAAUUGCCCUUUCCUGGAUGUCAAUGUCACUGACAUUUGAAGUAUUUGUACUUCCUUCUAAAUCAUUGACAGACUAAACGUAGUUCAAUAUAGACCUAAUCACAUAAAAAAAUCUUUUUUGCAGUAUUAUUCUAAGCAGUCUAAUUUAAUGCAGUAGAGCAUCAUGUUGCUGGUAGUAAUCCGUUGGCAUCCAAUUUAGUCCAAAUUAUUUUACAAAUUUCACUAUGUGGUUAGAACAUACAUCUUAACCAGUGUUUGGCAUUGUGGCUAUUUAACAAGGACAGAGAGUAAGUAAUCUUACUCACUAGGGAGUUUUACUUCAUGUUAAUUUUAUUUAAAAAAUUAAUUUGAAGAUAAUAUUAGUUUAAUAAAAUCAAAAUCUACUCACUUUUUUUUAUUAGAAAAAAGGUAACUUAACCUCGUAUAAUAACAUUAUCAGUCGUCAGUUUAUUUAAAAAUUUGGUAUUAUGUAAUAGCUCAAUAUAUAUCAAUAGCUAUUUGGUAUUAUGCUUAAGCUCAAUACCUUAAGCUUAAUCAAUCAAUAUUUUUAUCAAUCAAUAUAUUAUCAAUUAACUUCUCAUUUAAAAUUUGGAAAAAAUUACAAAAAUAGAAAUAAACUGAAUAUUCGCAUUCGUAUUCGCGAAUGUCGGUAGCAGAUAUUCGCAUUUGUUUGCUUCUGACCCGUCUGAAAAAUACCUUUUCUCGAGGUCUGCAAAAUAGGCUUCUGUGGCGGCGAUGACCUCCUCAUUCGACUUAAAUUUCUACCCAGCGAGUGUCUUUUUGAAGUUUGGAAACAAAUAGUAGUCGCACGGGGCAAAAUCUGGAGAAUACGGUGGAUGGGGCAACAGUUCGUAGCUCAAUUUGGCCAUGGCGACGGCGGAGGUGUGAGCCGGUGCGUUGUUAUGGUGGAAGAGCACUUUUUUCUUUGCCAAAUGGGGUCGUUUUUUCUUCAAUUAGGCGUCGAAUCGGCCCAAUAAUUCGGCAUAAUAGGGCCCUGUGAUCGUUUUGUCCUUCUCCAAGUAGUCGAUGUAGAUCACACCUUGUGAAUCCCAGAAAAUGCUGGUCAUCACGUUUCAGGCCGAUUGGACAGUCUUCGUCUUCUUCGAAAAAACGACGUAAAACUCAUUUAGGGCAGUCAAUGAGAGCAAGAACAGGUUAUUACCUCCGAAUUCUAUCCUACUGCAUAGAUUUUAAUGAAAUUUUAGGAAUAGCCUGAAAAUAUCUCCUUAUUCAAAGUCUACCCUAUGCCAAUGUGUGCUUUUGUCUUGGGGGCGGUUCCCACCACUUCUCGGGGGGUGGAACAUUUUUUGGUUAAACAACUACGGAAGUUGCUAAAGAACCUAAUUCUAAGCAAAAACUGUUCUAUAAUUUUUUUCGAAAACUCGAUACUUUUCGAGUUAUUCGUGGUUGAAAAUUGGCCAUUUUCAUUGAAAUAUAACACCUUUUCAAACGGUUUUUUCCGAAUACCUUAAAAACAAUGCAUCUAACUAAAAAAAUUAUAUAAAACAUUUUUGUGGCUCAUAAAAAACAAAGAGAUUCGUUCCUUCUUCAAUCUUCUAGUUAUAACACAAAAUGAGAUGGGUAAAAAGAGUUUGUUUUUUUAGUGCAUGCUCAAAUCAGUGUAUUCAACUUGAAAUAACAGAGAAACGGUCGAUUUUAGGUGUAUAAUGCUACCAAUGCCUUUUAUUGUGCUUGAAAAGUCCUUUCAAAUAAGCAAUAUUUAAUGUUGUUCUGAAGCUAUUUUGUGGUUUUUUAUAAUAAUUUUAUAAAUAAGCUUUAAUAACUUGUGGCUUAUUUCCCAUUUGAAUAUACUUGAUUACAAUAUUUAAUGUCGAUUACAUUCAAACUACGCGAGAUAUGCUGCAAAAAAUUGAUGACUAACGAAUUUUAAGAAAAAAAUUGAGAAGUAUAUUUAACCCCUCAUCCACAAGAAUUUAAAUGCAUCGUUUUCCUUCUACAAUACAUUUUACUACCGUGUUAUUUUUAUGUUCAAAAGUUGAGCUGGUUUAAAAUGAAUGGUUUUUGAAAAAAUAAGAUCAAAUUAUAGAGCACAUAUUUAAAUUUUCUUAAAAAUCUUCUUUUUUCUCCAUGUAACUUGAAAAUGAUAAGAGAUACUGUUAUAAAAAAAGAAUGUGUGUACUUUGUACGCAUGUAAGAAGUUAUACUUCUAUAUAUGAUUUCAACGAAAUCAAUAUACUUGUAAACAGUUUCUAUACUACUUUCCAAAAAAUUUUAUUAAAACAAUACCAAAAAUUAAAUAAAUAAAAGAAUAAAACACACACAAACACAUUGAAAAAUGCCACAAAUGAUUUCUGAACAAUAAUUGUUGCCAAAAAUUUUAAUUAAAUACGUAUUUUCUGAAAAAAAUUAUAUAAUAAUAUACUUAGGCCCGGUUUUUCAGUGAGCGGUUAAAAUUUUGGUUAGCUAACCUAGUUUAAAUUUUAACCAAUAUUUUAACCCUUAUAUCGUUUUUCAGUGCCUUAAACCACGAUGUGCAAUUCUAUAGAUUUUUGACAGAAAAAUAAACAAAAUAGAAUUUCAUAACCUAUUUUAUAAAUAACAAAUAACAUAACAUUACAAAAAUGAUUAAUGCAUUCAAGUUCCGAUUCUUCAUCUGAUGAUGAAGAUAUAAUCAAGAAUAUAGUAAUACAUAAUACAAUAUUUCCCGCGAUAACACAAAAUGUCAUAAUUUAACUAACCUCUUCUUUCAGCAAAUAUAAACGUCUGUCGGAAAUUCGGGGUUAAACCACCUAUGAUAGCGAGUAUCGGUUAAAAUCUUGGUCAACUUAAACGGGUUUAAGCGAUAACCUAGUACUGAAAAACUGAUUAACCAUAAAAAUUUCGGUGACCGAAAAAUCUGGGUUAACCCAACACUGAAAAACCGGCCCUUACAAUCAUAAAAUCUAUAAAAAAAAUGGUAUAACUUGCAUUGGGGCUUGAACCUACUUCCCGUGUAUCCCGCCGUACGAGAGUCGAAGCGAUUUCAAACUGCACCACCUUCGCGUAUGCGUCAUGUGGGAAUAUACACAAACUGAACAACUUUUUGACAUUUUAUUUAUAUGAAUUUUUAUUAGUUUGAUUUUUGUCGAAUUAAAAUACAACAAUAUAUAGAGUAAGAAAACGAUACAUUAGAUGAAAAUUUGUAGAAAGUUUGUUCGUAAUCAGAUUAUGUAAAUUAAAGCAUUGCCUACUAGGGGUAUAGCAUAGCAAGUACUAGGUAAGUACAUUAUUAUUUUUUUACAUUUUCCAAAUAGGUAUGAAGAUAAUUUUUUAUUGGAAUACAACUGAAACAUUUAGAAUUAGGUACCUGUGGCUUUUCAACACUAUUUAGAAAGUCACUAUAAUUAUAAAUUUGAUUUUAUUUCUGUCCUCACAACAAUAAAAACUAAUAUAUUAUACAACAUUUUUGUUUACCGAUAACCUCCAUAUUGAACAAUUAUUGACAGAUCAUUUCAACACCCAAUCAGAGCCAGUAUAAAGACUAAUACCAAACUGUCGGUGUGCGCAUGCGCGCAGAUCAAUAUAAAUUCACCCUCAAUCUCAAUCGCGCCUAAAGAAGUAUAACUUCAAAAAUAAAAUCAAAAUGUUAAUCUAGAAGAAACCUACAUUUUUGUAUGGCAUCUUUUUUUGGCAUCUCUUAUCAUUUUCGAGUUACAUGGAGAAAUAGGAAGAUUUUUAAGAAAAUUUAAAAAUGCGCUCAAUAAUUUGAUCUUAUUUUUUUCAAAAACCAUUCAUUUUAAACCCGCCCAACUUUUUGAACAUAAAAAGAACACUAUAGUAAAAUAUAUUGUAGAAGGAAAACGAUGCAUUAAAUUCUUGUGGAUGAGGGGUUAAAUAUACUUCUCAUUAUUUUCUUAAAAUACGAUAGUCAUAAAAAAUUUUACAGUUUAUCUCAGUAUUAUCAGUAUAGUUUGAAUGUAAUCGACAUUUAAUAUUGCUUAUUUUAAAGGUCUUUUCAAGCACAACAAAAGUUAUUGGUAGCAUUAUACACCUAAACUCGACCGUUUCUCUGUUAUUUUAAGUUAAAUACACUGAUUUGAGCAUGCACCAAGAAAACAAGUUUUUUUCACUUACCAUAUCUCUUUUUGUGUUAUAACUAGAAGAUUCGUAAAGGAAAGAAUCUGUUUGUUAUUUUAUAAGCUACAAAAAUGUUUUAUAUGGUUUUUUUAGUUAGAUGCAUAGUUUUUAAGGUAUUCGCCAAAGACCCUUUGAAAAGCUGUUAUGUUUCAAUGAAAAUGGCCAAUUUUCAACCAGGAAUAACUCAAAAAGUAUUGAGUUUUCGAAAAAAAAUUAUAGAACAGUUUUUGCUUAGUAUUAGGUUCUCUAGCAACUUCCGUAGUUAUUUAAGCAAAAAAAUUUCCACCCCCCGAGAAAGGGUGGGAACCUCCCCCAAGACCAAAGCACACAUCGGCAUAAGGUAGACUUUGUUUCUUGGGCUAUUCCCUACUUACCGUGAAAAUAUCACGUAAAUCGAUAUAGUAGGAUGGAAUUCGGAGCUACAUACCCUCAUUGACUGCCCUAAUUUGGAUCACACUUAAAUAGCGUCAAACACUGCUCUGAAGUGGUAUCACGGUUGCGCUUAUUGUCUGAAGUGAGCAAACGCGGCAUCCAUCGCGCCGAUAGCUUUCUAAUGCCCAAAAUUUCAUGCAGGAUAUGACCUAAGCGGUCUUUUGAGAUGCCUCUACUGUGGCAACUAUCUCGCGCACCUUCAGUCGGCGGUCUGCCAAUACAAGAUCGUGGAUUUUUGUCACGUUAUUCUCCGUGGUAGCCAUUUUCGGAGCACCUACGCGUGGCUCAUCAAAAACCGACGUUUGUCCACGUUGAAACUCAUUAAACCAAUUUUUGACAGUUGCCAUCGAAGGAGAAGAGUCACCAUACACAACAUCCAAGCGCUCUUUGAUUUCGCUGCGUGAUUUCCUUUCCAAAACAAGAAUCGAAUCGCCGACCAAUAUUGCUCUUUUUCCAUUUUAUUAAAAUACGCGAACACGCUGACUUUCACACGCAAUCACAACAAUACUAUAAUUUCGAUUUGGCUGAAAUUUUGACAUUAGCCAUCUACAAGAACGCAUUAAAUGACAGUACACUUCAUUUGCGAUAGUGGCGCCAUCGGGCGGAAAGGCUAAGUACUUAUCGGACUGCCCUAGUAAAUUAUGUGAAAUAUUUAUUGACUUUACUUGCCGUUUGAAAUCUUAAUUAGUUUUAAAUAUUUUUGUAGUAAAUUGAUUUCUAUACACUCAAAGGAGACAAUGCUCCUAUGCUGAAAAAUAUCGAUUCUACAUAAAGAUUGUUACGUUUUUAUUUUUUGGCAGGUUUGUUUUACCUUCCCGUUGUCUCCCAUAUUCAACAUUUUUUUAUGUAUAUGAAUAUUUUUGUUAAAGUCUACUGUUAUAUUUUAAAUAUAAAAUGUAUAAGGA